AUACUGUAAUUUUUUUAGCGUUAACACGAUUAUUCCAGCAGAUUCUAUGUACUGGAAUUAUCCAGUGGACUUUAUCCUCUGGAAUUUGAUAAUUCCAGUAGAUCCUGAAGGGAAAAAGCAUCUCACACCGCUUCUUUUUUAAAGAAUCUGCUGGAAUUAUUGUGUUAACAGUUGAGAAGUUACAGUAUAUCAAGGAAUAUAAACACUGGAGCUCUGGUGCCAAAGGGUUAAAGAAAGGACCUUUUUUCAUAAAAUGUUCUACAUGAGAGGGAAAAAUAAACUGGAGAAUGUUGAUACGUGAUUCCCUUUCCUAAAACGUCUCUCUAGAGUUCUCUUUUGCUUGAAGAAGUACAAAUCAAGAGGUCAAAUGAACCAUUUGUUUGGAGAUGAAGAAGAUCUUACAAACUUUGGAGACCAGAACCUGUGAAAUCCCAAACAGGUCUAACUUAGCCCCCCCUUUGCUCAAGUCUUGUAGUCCUGCAGCAUGUUUGCACCCACAGAUCAUUGGCUAUUCUCCCCCAACACCCAAACAUUACAUCCUAAUGCUCACUUCCUACUCCAGCAGCAGCUCUUAUCUAUUCAGGUCUGUGAGCAAUAGAAUUCUUAAAUCCACUUUGGGACUAUAACCAGGCUUUCAAAAAGGCAGAAAGUAACCAAAAAAAAGCAAAAAUCAAUCAAAAGCAAGUAAAUAAAAAUCAUCAAUUAAAAAAGUGUAAGGGUCAUAUAGAGUAGUAUAAAAAGCAUGUAUGAAAUGUAGAAAAAUCCUUUAUGAAAAUAAAAAUCCCUCAAUGACUGAAUUGAUCUGCGGUCAGGGACAAGGAGGUGUUGGGCCCCAGUGUGCAGGGUUUGGGACCCUUAAAGGGUGUAAGGCCACCAUUUUCUGGGUGCGAGGCUCCCAUGUGCAGAGUUUGGGCCCCCUGCUGUGACAGAAAUGAACACUAAAUAAAUGUUUCCUUUUGAGGAUCUGAUAGACUUUGAUGAAUGUAAGCGUGUCUUCCUUUGCUGUUGGAUCACUUCCUCCCCUGCUGCCGCGCUCACACGCGGCGUGUUCAGCGUCACAUGCAAUAAAGAUGCACUGUGACAGGAAAUGACCUCCAUAAUGACAGCUCCCUCUCUGCAGCUGAAGGUGAUGAAGAUGGCUUCUACCUCCCCCUUCAUCCUGGUUCUGCUGGUUCUGCUGGGCCUCGCUGCCUCCUCCAACGGUUUGGAGCAAACCUGUGGACUGUUUGCAAUAGCUGGUAUGGAUGUCACUGUUCCUCUGGAGUACAAACUGCAGAGCGGCGACACGUUAAAGUGGAAAAGGGGGAACACGGUCAUCUUUGACAGGAAAGGGUCUAAUGUGAAAACUGGGAAAGCAGAAGAUGUUUCAGAGAAUGGAUCCCUCAUUCUGAAGAAGGUGUCAAAAACAGAUGAAAACCUUUAUGCCCCAGAGAUUUACGACAGCUCUGGAAAAAAUCAAGGGUCUUCUAAGGAGAUACAGUUAUGUGUACUGGCUGCAGAAGCUGUGAAGAAACCAACACUGACGGCUAGCUGUAAGAAUGCAGAAGUCACGUUUACCUGCACUCCUAACGAGAAAGACAAAGAUGUGGAGAUUAAAUGGUUUGAAAAUAAGAAGGAUCUGCUGAAGGGGAACAGUAAGACUCUCUCCAAGACAUUUGCAGAGGUCAAAAACAAAAAGAUCCACUGUCAAGUUUCUAACAAAGCCAGCUCUGAGGACAGUAAUGCUCUGGAAGCAUCCUGCAGUGGGGGUACCUUUUGGUCCAAUUGGUCUAAUACAUACAUCUGGAUUCUAGUUGCUGGAGGAGGAGGGGUGGUUCUGCUGCUGGUCGUUCUGAUCAUCGUUUGCUGCAUCCGGAACAGACGCAGACGACGCAUGCGCAUGAGGGAUGAGAUGGAGUUUCGAUUGAACCACACGAACCCUGAGCACCACCACCCCCACCCCCACCAGCAGCAGCAGCACCCUCCUCUUCCUCGUGAACGGCAGCAGAACCAGCACCGCCAGCAGCCGGCCGGCAACACCGGACCUCGCCAGAACUGCUCCCGACACCAGCGGCAGAGAGCUUCUGAGCCCACCAAUGGCAACCCGCAGCCCUCCCCCCGACGAGCCGCUCAGGCACCAAAAGCAGCCAAUCAGAACGACGGGGAGGUGCCCCCUCCCCUUCCUCAGCCCAGGAAGAAAGGACCCAGAACCCAGCAGCACUGACACUGGCUCCUCCCUCAGGUUCUUCCUCACAUGUCCUCAAACUAUGUUAAUCAAGUCUUCUUCAGUGGGAGCAAAACCAACCCAGCAAUGCUCUGGUGAUGUCCUGAGAUGUUUGCCCGUCAACGAGGCGUUCUCUCAGGUGUAAUCAGGUGUAGGAACAUCAAACUCUUUACUAUCAAACUCUCUCAUUUCCGUUUUUCAGAAGUUUCUCAGAAAAGGACCCAUGACUUUGCAUGAACCUUCAAAAAGGUUUCAAUGUUUGUCUGCACUACCUCAUGUGGACCACCCUGCAGACGUUUGUGUGUGCUCCCCACUAGCAGAAUGUUUACGGGUUUUAUUUUUAUGCUUUUAUUUUGAAAGAAAUGCACCACCUGUUCGUUUGGCAUCUUGUAGAAAGAGCAGCUCAGCAGUGUUAACCUCAAUGCAAACAGGAAGUCAUAUUUCUCUGGAUGUCACACCAACGUUUGCCUUCCUGUCAGCAGAAAAAACGUCUCACCAAAGAGUUGUUUGCUCAGAUAAUGGCAGAGAAGAACAGACGGGAGGGUUUUAACCUCAAAAACAUCACGACUGUGGUCAGUAGAAGCCUAUCAUAACGCGCUUGAAAUUCUCUUUGUAUAGAACUUUUUUUCAAACUUUUGAUGGAAAUUUUAAAGGUAAUCCAGUUUUGAAAACUAAAGGCAAAAAAUUACACAAAGAUAUGUAUGUAUAUAAACCCACA